GACGACGAUAGACCGAGCGAGUGACGCGUCAUCAACACCCGCCGCCCGCCUUUUUCUGUUGGAGCGAACCGGAAGAAAACAAAGCAGUGAUUAACGUAGUAUAUACUGCGGGAGCUGGCGGGUUUUAACCKUUUCCUCGGGGUUUCAUGAGCCCGUAGCCGUGUGUGCUGCUCGGUGGAGAACCGCAGGGAGCGGUGGGGUUUGAUAAAAGCGGUAAAACCUGCCGUGAUGAAAGUGAGACAGACCGUGAGGAUGGACUCCAGCACUGCUAGCAGCAUGGUGGCCCACCGAUCUGCAGGGAAGGAAAGCUCCAGCUCUGAUGAAGAGGAGUUCGUCCCGCUGUCGAAGCUCCUCAUGAGGCCGCAUAGCGACGACAAGAAGUCAUGUGACAACGCCCAAGGCAACGCCAACUCGAGGAAGAGCGGAGCUUCGGAUAAUUCAUCAGACGACGAGCCGCCAAAGAAACCAGCAGCGACGGAGAGAAAGGAAACUUCUCCUGCCAGAUCUGACGCCUCAGAGGCCAGAAACUCCGAUUCCAACGCAGCUGACGACUCCGAUAACGAGCCUCAGGUGAAAACAUCCAAACCUUCAGCCAGAGCAGCGAAGAAGAAACCGGUCGGGAGGAAGAAGAAAGCUUCAGAUGAUUCCUCAGAUGACGAGUCUCUACAAGAGAAGAAGAAACCAGCAGCAAAAGACAAAAAGGAAACUUCUCCUCCUCCCAAAUCUGACGCCUCAGAGGACAGGAAGUCGGCUGAUGACUCYGAUAACGAGCCUCCGGUGAAAACAYCCAGACCUUCAGCCAGAUCAGYGAAGAAGAAACCAGCAGGCAGGAAGAAGAAAGCUUCAGAUGACUCCUCGGAUGACGAGUCGCUACAAGAGAAGAAGAAACCAGCAGCAAAAGACAAAAAGGAAACUUCUCCUCCUCCCAAAUCUGACGCCUCAGAGGACAGGAAGUCGGCUGAUGACUCUGAUAACGAGCCUCCGGUGAAAACAUGCAGACCUUCAGCCAGAUCAGUGAAGAAGAAACCAGCAGGCAGGAAGAAGAAAGCUUCAGAUGACUCCUCAGACAACGAGUCGCUAAAAGAGAAGAGGAAACCAGCAGGCAGGAAGAAGAAAGCUUCAGACGACUCCGACGACGACGAGCCGCUGACCAAGAAGAAGAAACCAGCAGCGAAAGACAAAAAGGAAACUUCUCCUCCCAAAUCUGACCAGUCAGAGGACAGAAACUCUGAUUCAAACGCAGAUGAUGACUCUGACUACGAGCCUCAGGUGAAAACAUCCAAACCUUCACCCAGAGCAGUGAAGAAGAAGAAAACCCCAGGGAGGAAGAAGAAACCAGCGGGCAGGAAGAAGAAAGCGUCAGAUGAUUCCUCGGAUGACGAGUGGCUACAAGAGAAGAAGAAACCAGCAGCAAAAGACAAAAAGGAAACUUCUCCUCCUCAAAAAUCUGACGCCUCAGAGGACAGGAAGUCGGCUGAUGACUCCGAUAACGAGCCUCCGGUGAAAACAUCCAGACCUUCAGCCAGAUCAGCGAAGAAGAAACCAGCAGGCAGGAAGAAGAAAGCUUCAGAUGACUCCUCAGACAACGAGUCGCUAAAAGAGAAGAGGAAACCAGCAGGCAGGAAGAAGAAAGCUUCAGAUGAYUCCUCRGAUGACGAGUCKCUACAAGAGAAGAAGAAACCAGCAGCAAAAGACAAAAAGGAAACUUCUCCUCCUCCCAAAUCUGACGCCUCAGAGGACAGGAAGUCGGCUGAUGACUCCGAUAACGAGCCUCCGGUGAAAACAUCCAGACCUUCAGCCAGAUCAGUGAAGAAGAAACCAGCAGGCAGGAAGAAGAAAGACGCCUCCGACGACGACGAGCCGCUGACCAAGAAGAAGAAACCAGCAGCGAAAGACAAAAAGGAAACUUCUCCUCCCAAGUCCGACCAAUCAGAGGACAGAAACUCUGAUUCAAACGCAGAUGAUGACUCUGACUACGAUCAUCAGGUGAAAACAUCCAAACCUCCAGCCAGGUCAGCGAAGAAGAAACAAACUCCAGGGAGGAAGAAGAAACCAGCGGGCAGGAAGCAGAAAGCGCCGUCAGAGCGCGACGAAAGCUCCGACGACGAGCCGUUAAGCAAAGUUGCUCAGGAACUUCCUGCGAAGAGGAAGAGGAAACCCGUCCAGCUGUUCUCUAAAUCCUCUCCGGUUGUGAAAUCCAAGAGGAACGCCUCCAGGAGGAGCGUAAACUACGCCGAGACGUCGAGUGAGCACAGCUCUGAUGACGAGCAGCUGCUUGUGACGAAGAAGACGACAAACGACUCAUCCAGGAGAGCGACGGCUUCCAAACAAAAAUCCCUAAAAGAUGCUUCGUCUUCCGAAGACGACGGCUCUCCCCGACGGAAACCGAGUCAGGAAUCCACGAAGAGCAAGAGGCUGCGAGGAAGACCGACGAAGAAGGCCUCAGGAAACUGGGAUGACGACGACAGCUCAGAUGACGAAGCUGCGGCGAAUCGCUCCAACCAGAGAACAAAGAGCAGAACAAAAGCUUCGACCCGGAAACGGAGGAAUCAGAAGCAGAAAACGUGGAAAGACGUGCCGAGCAGCAUUUCAGACGAGGAGGCUGCGAUCCGAACAGCCAAACACACAGAAGUGACCAGAAAGGUGAAAGUCGCUCUGCAGAGGUGUGACGGUGAAGACAAAGAGUCCGCUGCAGCCGCCGCCGCCGCCAAACCCACAACAGAAGAAGAAGAGACCGAAGAAAAGUCGACAGCAGAAAAAUCCUCUGAGGAGGAAUAAGAGACAAAACUUUCCUUUAAAACUAGUUACUCCUGAAUUCAUCUGUAGGCUUUUAUACAUUUUGUUUCACGUUUUUAGGUUGGGGAUCAACUUUUCCAGGUUCCUGAAAUGAUUUUUUUUUGUCUUAUUUGUGGCUGUUUGCCUGAAGUUCCUCUGGUUUUUAGAAAAUGUUUUUAAUCGUGUUGUGAGUCGUCGUCCACUCUGCAUGCAGGUACACACACCUAGUUUUAGGAUUUUCAUUUUAUAUCAGUAGAAAAUUAGGUGGAAUCCCUCCUUUAGUGUCAUAAUAAAAUUAUUUAACCACCUCCUAUAAAAAAUGUUUCCCAAAAUAUUUCAAGUUUAGGGAAGGAAAUUGGAUUUCUAAAGCAUUUUUUUAUACUUUGAAAGAACUCUGGCAGUGAGAGUUACUGAAUUAUGUGAUGUUUUGGGUGUAAAUGGGGUAAAAAUGGGUUUUCUCUCCUUUUUGGAGGAGAAAUGAUGAUAUUGUUGGAAAUUAUAACUUUGUUUUUCUUUUUUUUUUCACAAUAAUCUCCUGAGGUAUGCUAUAAUAUUUGUCCCGUUUAAGAAAAAUGUUUCAUGUUUAAAAUAUACCUAGUGGUGUGUUCCUUGACGUUCAAAUGUGCAGGUUUUAUGUAUGUUAAUAUUAAAAUUUGCUACAUUAUUUGAAAA